ACAGCGAGAGCAACAGUUUCCGUAGCUCUCAAACAGUACAUUAUUAAUUUGUUUACAAACAUAUUUAUAGCUCUUUCGUUUCAUUUGCUUUAAAUCGUCGAAAUAUGCUUUCCUGCUCGCGCGUCUUUGCCGGAAAGGACACUAUACCAGCCGAGGCACAUGCGCAUUUGUUCCUGUACAUCCUUUAUUUUUUUCCCCCAUUUCCGUCCUAUCCUGUUCAGACAAUUGUCAGUUCUUCCAUUAGCAGAACCAUCGACAGAUAUUCCUCUGACUCUAUAAACUCAAUUUUAACUUUUCGCCCCAGUUAUUGUGCAAAAUGUACAACUCGGAUAGCUCCGGCAAGUGAACUGAACUCCGCACAACCGAAAGCCAGCGAAAAAUGGCCGUCUUAGGAAUCCACAAGCUGAGCAGCAUCAAAUCGAUGAAGCUGCUCGUCUGUCUGAUCGGUGUAACUUCGUUCCUGCUGCUCAUAUUCUGUCUGUACACAACAAUCAGCACGCCGGAAAAGGAAGUGGCCCCACUGUCAUUGCCGAACGACGGCUACCAGAAUGUCGUGUCCUACGAAUUGCGGCGCAGCCAAACUAUUAUACCGGAGAAGUACAACGAACACCAGGUAAAGGCACGCAUUAUUCGGGACAAAAUCAAGCGGCUGGUAGGCAACAACAACCCACACACUGCUACCGUACCUCCGUCGGAACAUCGCAAUCGAACCUUCCCGCUAAAUCGCAACAUACAGAUCUUCUAUCACGGCACGGUCGCAUGGUACAAGCCGCGUCCGACACAUCCUUCCAGCGAUCGACUGAUAGCUCGGAUUUAUGAAAACAAUUCCGUGUCGUUUAAACCGAACGAUGAACCGGUCAUCAAUACUGCAUUCUAUCCGAAGCGAAGAUUGUACAACGCCAGUGAAUCGAUCAUACGCGAACACUUCAACGAGAUCCAAAACUGUGGCAUCGGCACGAUCAUCCUUGGAUGGCAGCCCAACUUCUCCGAAUACUUGUUGCGCACGAUCUUCAAAGUUGCGGAUCAGUAUGAUCUGAAGAUAGCGAUUGAAAUUCUCGACUACACGGACCGAACGAUCGAAAGUAUACGGAGCAACAUAAAGUACUUUAUCGACGGGUUUGGCAAGGGUCCUGCUGGUAUGACUAGCACACUGAGCUACUACAAUGUCUUGUCGAAGAAGCUCGAAAUGCCACUGUUCUACAUACGCAAAGCAUAUCGAAUCACGGACUCGGAAUGGAAACGGCUACUUAGUCGCAACGGAAUACUAACCAUCCGUGGGUCAAACUAUGAGGCUACACUGUUGGCACAUAUCAGCUCCAAGGACCACAAGUCCAUGAUCCGGAGGGCCGGCUUUGACGGGUUCUAUACGUACCUUCCGAGCAAUGGAGCCAACUAUGCUGCUACCUGGAAGAAUUGGAAUCAGCUGAAAAAGUUUGCCGACAGCUAUCGGCUGCUGUUUGUUCCCACGAUCGGGCCCGGUUUCUACGAUCGCCGCAAGUAUCAUCGUAACGUGAAUCAAAACCACGGCAUAACGAACAUCAAACGCUACCGAUCGAACGGUCAAUACUUUGACGUCGGAUGGCGCACAUCGCUGAAAAACAAUCUGCAAAUCAUCACCAUCAACAGCUACAACAAUUGGGUCGAUGGGACGCAAAUAGAGGCGGCCAUUCCGGUGUUCGGCUUUCGCGACUAUCUACCAGGGCCACCGGAAAAAUAUCUCGACCUAACGCAGGCCUGGGUGGAGGAGUACAUCAAGUACAAGCUGAACAACAUCAAGCUAAACAAGAAAACGGAACUCACGCUGAAUUGUUACGAUUUCAUUAACAGCACUAUUUGUUAGGAAUGCUACCCGCUGCAACUGGACAAUGUUUCGUUGAUCUUUCUUGACGGAUCUGCAGAAUAGUUCAUGUAUACUACGAAUUGAUAGAUCUGGUUAGGAUAGUUAGUCGUACAUCUCGGUCCAUUAGAUUAUGCUCCCUAGCCCUUACAGUGAGGGAUACAGCAAGUAGCAGAGAUGAUUGUCGUGUAUUUCAAAAACGUUGUACCAGAUAUCCAGUGUUUAAGUGCGCAACAGCUGAUACCAAAUUCAAUGCCAAAGUUAGGACGUUGUCCACUCCGUAGCAUAGCCGUAAAGACACACUCGCUAAGUAGUUUGUUAAAUAGUUGAAACUAUAUUUUGCCAAACAAGAAUUGUAGAAAGAGCGCAUAGUAUGUAUGAAUAGUGGGUAGAGUGUACAUAUAUUUUCCAAAGUUCUCAAUAAAUUCAUAUUGAAUAGAUUUUAAAGAA